AUGGACAGAUUCACGAUCGUGGUCAACAACUGCCAACUCCGUCUUGCCGGCUUGCUCAUGGAUACGUGGAUAUUCUUCUUGUUCGUCGCCAUUGCCGACGUGGCGGCCUCGGUGGAAGUUCACUUCGAGAACAAGGAUGGGGGAUUCUUCUUGAAGCACACACCAAGGCAAUUCUACGCCGCUCAAGGGGAAACCGUCCCGGCAAUAUCUCCAUCGACGGGGACAUCGUCGGCGGGGAAUGGUGUUCCCUCGCCGUCCCCAGACUCGGUCCUCUCGAUAGACAAAUUCACGGUCUUUCAGACGAGCGAGCCGGUCUCCGUUCGUGCGACCUACGGUCCGUUUAGCACCAAACAGACCGUGCCCGCUCGCUAUAUAGUCCCGGAUCCGUUGGAGGCUUUACCGGGACCGGAAACGCGACGAAAUCUCACGGCUGCGACGAUGCUGGACGCCCAAGAACUCGGCGCCCGUCACCUGGACAUGUCGGCUCAUCUGGUCGGGAACAGCGUGCCACGUGACUCGCCGGUGCUAAGAGUGCUCUUUCAUGCCGGAAGCGAGGCAGGCGGAAGGCGUCAGUUGCUUCUGGCUCGACAUCAGAGGGUUUGCGUUGUUCUGCACGCGAGUCUAGCCGCCCCAGCUAGAAGAACAGCCAGUCGAAACAACGGCAGAAGCUACUCCUCCUCUUCCUCCUCCUCUUCCACCUCUUCCUCCAGCUAUUCAUCUUCGUCCUCAGCGUCCGCCUUGACGGCUGCCUGCAGUCCCGACGGAGAGAACGGUGUUUGUCUCGCGCAGAUCACCAUACCAGCCGAUUGGUGGGCACCGUUACCACCACCGGACGCUUCCGGUCGGGUCAAGGUCGCCAAGACACUGCCAAGACUCGUGCAGGUCGCUUACUCGGUGCUCGAACCACGAACCGAAGACGCCGCCGGCGGUGGCGGUUCGACGGACAACGGGGUCGGUUAUUGCAGGCCCAGGGUACAGAUUCAACCUGUCACGCCCCUCGGACAGAUACCGCUCGCGCCGAACCGGGCGGAUUACAAGGAGCUCAAGGCCGAUGACUCGUUGCUGACGUUGCUGGUCCCCCACGGGCCUCUGUAUCCGAGAUCCAGGUUACACGUUCCAGCGUUCCUGCAUCCGUCCAAGCCCUCUGAUCUGAGGCAAGAUAGACCACCGCCGUUGGUCGUCACCGUUUAUCUAAGAGCUCGAGUGAAGUCAGGCGUGAAGAUCUUGGACGCCUCGCCGAGCAAUUCCGACUGGACGGUCGAGACCGACAUAAACGCGAAGAAUACAGUCGCGACGUUCAUCGCGAGGCGAAAGGAGACUGCCUCGCGGCUACCAAGCGCAUCAGCGGAGGAAAUCCUGACGAUGCUUUUGGAAGCCAGCGAGGAAGGGGUGGACGGAAACUGGGACGGCGGCCGUAUCGUGUGGAGCGUGCGUUACACGUUCGAGGGCGAGGAAGACAACGCGUCUCAGUUGAACGGGAUGGAUCAGCUGCAGCAAAGAUUGCAGCAGAGACAGAUGCAGCACCAUCAUCAUCAACACGCCGAAAGACGGAAGCUGCAGGCGCGUCUUGAGAUUCAGAAGGAUGACAUCCAGGCUGUUCUGCCUAUUUCCAAGAACUGGGAGGUGAUGAACACCGCGGUGCUGACAGGCCGACAAGUGUCCCAGGGAAUGAAGGUGUUCAUCGUCAGCCAGGCGGGAACCGUCGCGGACGUCACGCUGCAAUCUUCCUGUCAUUCCGAGGACGAGAGUGUGCUCAAGGUAUCAUCCUCCUGUAGCAGCGUGUACGUGGACGGCACGGAAAUUCGUGGAUCCAGUAACGCUUCUGUUCUGGUCAAAUACGGCACCUACACCGGCCUGGCCAAGUUCACAGUUUGGAUGCCCGAGUUUCCCCUGGAAGUGACCGUCGGUGACACCAGAUUGAGUCAGAUCAAAGGCUGGAAGGUGCCCGAAGAACACGUUGCAAGCGCCAAGAGUAAACGCAGCUUGAACGGAACCGGUUCGCGAAUCAACGAAUCUGCCGCGAAGACAAAGAAGAGGAGUGCCGCGGACUUGGAUGAUUCGGUGGACGACACUUCCAUGGACGUCGAGGAAGCCGACGUGAUACUCGAGGAGGAUGACCAAGAGGAAAGAUUCAGGGGCAACGAUCACAGUUGGGACACGAUUAAUUCCAUAGAAAGGGGGCCGUCGACGAUGUGCAGACUACGUUUCCAGCAGAGUCCGGUCGAGAUUCACGCAAAAUUCUUGGCUACCGGUCACGAUUCCGGCCGAGACUCGUACUUUGUGAACCGUAGAACUUGGCUACGCGUCACGGACCUGGUGAUGGGUAUGCUCCGAGUCUCGGAUCCGAGAAUAGCCACCCUCUUGCAAGGGAGGAUCGUUCAAGGUCGCGGAGUAGGUAGAACGGAGGUGCAGGUACUCUCGCCUAUUACUGGAAGAGUGAUCGGAGCGAAAGAAGUAAGGGUUGGAAACGAUCGGGUGGCGGUUACCAGGUUGUCCGUCAAGGUCGUGUCGGGCCUGCAGCUGACCAUCAGUCCGGAUUCUGCUAUAGAAAAUGGAUAUAUCGCCGAGACCUCGGUGACCAGGCGACUGACUGCUAAAUAUCAGGAGGGCUUGUUGGACAUUGACGUCGAAUUCUCAGACGGGACGAGGACACCGCUGAGGGAGAUUGCUGUGACCGAUUAUCAUUUAAUGGUGGAGAGCUUGGACCCAGAGGUGGUCGCUUUCGCGCCUAUGGUCGCUUCCCAUCAUCCUCGAGUGAUCGCGGUAGGCGAGGGUCGGGGGGAUUUGUUACGAGUCAAUCUCCAGUUGGCGGACGCUUGUCGUCUGGGCGGCAGGAGGUCCGGUAAAGGAUCUCAAAGGACGACGUCGUCGGCUCUGGCCAGCGCUUCGGCCAACGUCGAGGUGGACUUUGCUUCGAGCGAACUACCAAAUCGGCCUGAGUUUGUGCAGAACGACGGAGGCGGAACGGUCGGCUCCCACCAUCACAGGGAAAGGAAAACCAGCAGGGGGGAGAUGGCGCCAGACAUGCGAGACAUUCUGAUCGGGCUACCGCUGAAAGACGAGAACGGGCACGAGCCUUCGGUGCAGGCACGGCAGCACCGCACGGCUAUAGCUAAUGGCAUGUCUUCAGGAGGAAUGGGCGGCGUCGGUAUACGACACCACGGAGGAGCGAGCAUGAGCCCACUCGAGAUCGGGAUGUACGUCCUCCUGGCGGCCUUCUGUUUCGCUAUUGUUGUCUUCGUCGUCUCCUGCGUGGUCUACGCCAGCAAGUUCAAGCCUCAGCCGCCGGAUUCUCCGCUAGCAGGAGCCGCGCUUCCGGUCCUCUCUGGAGCAGCGCGGGCCAGGGCCGCAGCGAAUCAGCUGGCAUCGGGAAGACGACCACCAAGAGAAUCCACGACAAACGCCCACGAUUGGGUAUGGCUGGGACGAGCCACCCUUGAGAGAGCUGCUUGUGGACCCCAACAGGUACGCGUAACCAGUAAUCCUCUCGCCAAUGAAACCGAUGGAGAUACCAGCGAGGCGGCCACUUGCUUCGAUAAUCCCAAUCACAUCGAGCUGCCAUCUACUGGACAACGCAACAACAGUUCCGGACCCAUCGAUACAAGCACCUAUUGCAAGAGGGACAAGCUUCCGAGGAACAGUUUCGUUUCUAAAUCGGCGGCGAAAGCAUCGGUCGCUGUAACAACGACUACAGUGACCACUCCAGCCUCUAUGGCAACGUCCACCGUUACCACAUCGCGAAACGAUAACGACGAUAUUCCACCACCCCUACCGCCGCACGGGGUGCCAGUUUCAACAGGCGCGAAUACAACAGCGGCUACGAUCGCCACCUCCACGAACAACAACGGGAACGAGGACUACAAACCACCAGUCCCGCCGCACAGGAAUACGGGGGUGAUCGUGCGGUUGCCGGAAACACCGAGGAAACAUCGUCACAGGGCGUCGAGCGGCAGCGCGCCUGGCAGUCAUCACGGGAAUAAACAGCGGCAUAGUAAGCAGAUCCAUCAUAUCAAGCCAUCACACGGUAAAGCUAGAGUAGGUAGUCCAAAAGAGAACGGCGCGGAGGAGGAGGAGUUCGUCGAACUAGUGACUCACGAUGACAACAGGCACUCGAAGGACGCGAGAGCCAGAGAGGUGAAGAGGGCGACGAUAGUUGGUAAUCCAAUGUUCUCGUCGUUCUCGACCACAGCAGUCGCCUCAUCGAUGAACGUGUCCAGCCCGACGGUGGCCUCAUCGUCCUCGUCGCCACCUAACUCGUCGCCGUCCUCCUCAUCGGCCGCCUCGUCCUCUUCCUCCUCCUCCUCCUCUUCCUCCACCUCCCCCUCCUCGUCCGUUUCCUCGUCCCAGGAGCAGGAAGAGCCGGUGGCGUUGGACGACCUGAACCUGGGCAUGGACUACAAUCAAAUCAUGCAGUACUUCGACAACCUGAAGGAGUCGAAUGCCUAG